CAGCUGAAGGCGGAGUGUAACACAGCGCUCUGCCGCAUAGACUUCUGGGUAACUCGGGGUGCAGUUUCCUGAGAAAGUGGUUUGAUAGCUGUAGGGGACCUGUAAUUGUAGUAGUUGGGUGUUGAAAAGUUACCUGGGUCCGGCAUUCUCACACAUAUCGCACCAGCUUAAACUGCGCCCAGUCUGAUGAAUUGCUGUCGUCGGGUGUUCUUGCAGAGAGAGAACGGUGCGCAGGGGACGCGGUUCGGGCGGGAAUAGCGGAGAGUGAAGCUGCGAUGAGCCUGAACGAGCAUUCGCUUCAGGCUCUCUCCUGGAGGAAGCUGUACUUGAGCCGAGCGAAGCUAAAGGCUUCCAGUCGGACGUCAGCUCUUCUCUCGGGUUUCGCAAUGGUGGCCAUGGUGGAGGUCCAGCUGGAGCGUAACCACGACUACCCCCCGGGGCUGCUGAUAGCCUUCAGCGCCUGCACCACGGUGCUGGUGGCCGUGCACCUCUUCGCCCUGAUGGUGAGCACCUGCAUCCUGCCCAACAUCGAGGCCGUCAGCAACGUGCACAACCUCAACUCGGUGCGCGAGUCCCCCCACGAGCGCAUGCACCACCACAUCGAGCUGGCCUGGGCCUUCUCCACCGUCAUCGGCACACUGCUUUUUCUGGCCGAGGUGGUGCUGCUCUGCUGGGUCAAGUUCCUGCCCAUCAAGCCGCAGUCGGGGCAGAAGAACGGCACCAUCUCGGAGGGCGUGGCUGCCGCCAUCACCUCCACCUCCAUCAUGGUGCCCUUCGGCCUGGUCUUCAUCGUCUUCGCCGUCCACUUCUACCGCUCGCUCGUCAGCCACAAGACCGACCGGCAGUUCCAGGAGCUGGAGGAGCUGUCGAACCUGACCAGGCUGCAGAACGAGCUGGACCAACGAGGAGAGGCUGCCAACCUGCCCCCCGCCGCCCAAUAUCCCUGACGAAGCCCCGCCCUCUCUCCCUCUGUCCGAUUCCCCUGACGAAGCCCCGCCCUCUCUCCCUCUGCCCGAUUCCCCUGACGAAGCCCCGCCCUCUCUCCCUCUGCCCGAUUCCCCUGACGAAGCCCCGCCCUCUCUCCCUCUGCCCGAUUCCCCUGACGAAGCCCCGCCCUCUCUCCCUCUGCCCGAUUCCCCUAACGAAGCCCCGCCCUCUCUCCCUCCGCCCAUUUCCCUAAUAAGGCACAUGCUUCUUCUUGCCUGAAAUGGACAUUCUGUCUGUAGUCACAGUUAUUAAGACUUGACUACUCAGUGUGUUGAUCUGCCGUGCAUGUGCAGACUGUAAGGAUGUUAAAAUUGAAAAAAGUUAAAAUUUCUAAAAUAUUUUUUCUGCUGCUUACAAGAGAGAUUUUAAAUACACAAAGUAUGUGUAUUUUUUUUAAGAUAUAACAGGUUUGUCAGUGGAAGUGCCAUACAUUUUUACAAUUCAUUGAAUGAAGAAUUUUCAAUCAUGAACUUUAGCCAUAAAGAAGAAUUUAUGUGCCAAGUUUUUACAAAAAAGAGAAAAAAAAAUCUAAAAUUUCAAAUUUCUUUCUCUGUCAUUCAACUGCUGUUAAAAGAUCUUGGUCUUUUGGAUGUUGACUUUUUGGUUUCAGGCACGCACUCAAAUGUCUAACUCCAGUUCCCAGAGGGCCGUGGUGUCUGCUGGCUUUUUGGUAUGACCCUGGCACCAGUGAUUAAUUAGAAGUCAUUGAUUGGCUAGAAUAUCCACAUGCCUUAAUCGCCUUAAUUGGCAGCUGACUGAAAGGAAACUACAAAAGCCCACUGACACUGCGGCCCCCUGGGAAUUUCGUUUCAGACUCCUGGGUUAACACACUAAGCCACUUCCAUUUUGUGGAGGACCGGUGUGUGUGCAGGAAUUUGUUUCCACAAGUUACCUCCGGCUCAAUUAGCUUAUCAGCCGUAGUCACCAACACCAGAUCUCUCUUAGAUUUGUCCACAGUAAAACAUUUUGUGUCUGUACACAAAAUGUUAUCAGCUGUGGAUUAACCACUUUGAUCAGUUAUGUCCCAGAAAGGUACUUUGAAACUGUGCCUUAAUGAUGUGUGUGCCAAAUUACGUGGCGUUACAUGAGCUAGUGAUGGGAGAGUGAUUUAGAGGCAGAGGUAUGAGACUCCUAAAUCACUGAUUUGAAGUAAUUGUGGAUUCGUAGAGCAAAACGUUUUGAUUGGUACCUUAAGUUUGUUGCCAAGGAUUGACCACUCAUUGUAGCUCCACACAACAUGGUGUUAGUCACUCUGUUGUCAAUAAUCUCAGCAAGUCUCCCUUCAAAGAUGGCUGCACGAUGGUGUCUGUACACAGCUGAUUGGAUAGUUAGUUGAGCAUAAUCAGGCCCCUGACUGGUUAGAAUCUUCAUAGGAUGGAUUUGUUUUUACGCCUUUCAUUUUGAUACCUUCCAGAAUGUGUGUCCCGGUGAUUGAAUGUAAUCAGCUUGUUUGGUAAAUUUUUGAUUUUGGUUUGCCAAAUGUACAUGUAUGAACUGUUUUAAAUGUAUUUAAUGUCGAGUGGUGUAUAGUUGUACUGUAUCUUUUGUACAGUUUUUUAGUGUUUGUUUAAGUUUGUGUCUGCACCUAUUUUUUCCCCCUUUUUUUGAAGAUUUUGCCUGCUAGUUUGCACCUGGAAAAUGAACAGCACUUCUAUCAGUCUUGUCUAUUUAAAUAUUUUAAAUUUAGAAAAAAUAUAAACAUGCUUUGAAUCCA